GUCGGUGCUUCGGGAAAAUUCCCGAGGCGUGGAUUCCUUGAGGCCAUGGAGAUGUCCCGGCUGACCGGCAAUGGUGAUUCCAAUGAUACUCACCAGUUCAUGAGUCGCCAACCAGCUUGGCAACCGGGAGCCGAGCUACCUUGGGGAAGCGAUGAUAAUACCAAACACAAGACUGCAACUUACUUUACAACGAGGGCAUAUGGAGGGCAUGUUUAUAUUCAGGCGCCACUUGCUGCCGUUAAUGUUGUGGAAGGUGACGAUGAAAGUGCUAAAGGGGUAUCAAGUAAGGGAAAGUUCGGUAUCCACUCAAUACAAGGCGUGUUUACCAACCCAGGACACGUGGACAGGCCGUUCAUCUACCAGGUUACAAAACUCGCCGCUGGCCGUAGCUUUCAAACCUGUCUUGUCACUGCCCGCCAACCAAAGGAGCCUUCAUCCAAUCCUUCGGGUCCCUUUCCGGAAUCAGACUCUAGAUUGCCUCUUGGCCCUAUUUGCUUUAGCUGCCAUGUCACCUUCAAGCGGCCUGGAUUGAGUUUUGCAGACUUGCAAUUGUCAUCAGCACAAGAACGCUUCACAGAUAUUCUUGCCCAAAGAAAACCCGAGGAGUGGGAAGCAAGCCCGCAGCUUGACAUUGAUAUCAUUAACGAUGCGUUUCCGAAUGCCGGCCACGGCGGAUUUCCCAUUGUGGACAUGCACAAGGUUGACAUGAAGCUGUUCAAUGCUGAUAGACCAAUUCCCGAACGCCGUGAAUUGCUUUUAUACAGACUUCACAAGCCUAUUCCCACGGAAGAUACCAAUGCCCACAUCCUUGCUCAUGCAUUUGAAGCAGACAGGAACGGACUCCUAACGAUAAGUAACUAUCUAGGAUGGGGCUACAACUUGGGUGUGGCCGCGAGUCUAAGCUAUACAUUCGUAGUACACGUCAACGCCGAGGAGGCCGUGAUGAGUGACGGGUGGUGGAUUCAGGAAGUAUGCUGGCCACGAGUGAGCGCCGGGAGGGCAACAUUGGAGAGCAGAAUCUGGAGUCCUGCGGGAAAACACGUUGCGAGCGGAUAUCAAGAUGGACUUGCAGCACCGCUAGAGCCGAAGCGCGGGGCCGAG